ACAUAACCAAUUUUUUUCUAUUUCUCCUCGACAAUCUCUAACCUCUCUAGUUAUCUAGUAACCUACGAUCGUUAAUUCGGAGCAUUCAUAGUAAUUCGUAUUCUGUAGCAAAAAUCAUAAAAACACAAAAAUAGUCCUUCAAUCGCGUGGAUAUUAAAUAAUUUAAAUAACAUAUUUAUUAUUUUAAAUAAUUCACAGUUAUCGCACUGUUAAAUAAGACUGCACUAUUUUAACAUAAUAAAUUAAUAAUUUUAUAUAACGUUUAUUAAAUAUAAAAGUGAUAAUAAUAAAUUAUAGCAAUGGCAGAGGUAGAGCAACCGGAAUUUCGUCUUGGACCAGAUCCCAAUGUCACGUAUCCACUUCAAGUUCAAUAUUGUGGAAACUGUUCUUUACCACUUGAAUACUGCGAGUACUAUCCAGAGUAUGACAAAUGCAAACAAUGGCUGGAAAGAAAUCUUCCAAAAGAAUUUGAAAAGAUAAAAUUAAUGGAAGAUGGAACUGGUGAAUCAGGUGUUGGCGAUGAUGAAAAAAAGAGACAGAAACGUGGAGGUAAAGGUAUGCUGAAGACUAAGAAAAAGGAGGAUGUCCCCAAGUUGAUAACUGUCUCGAGAGCACCCAGGGGUAAAAAGAAAUCAGUCACAGUUGUUACUGGUCUCAGUACUUUUGAUAUUGAUCUAAAGGUUGCGGCUAAAUUUUUUGGAAGUAAAUUUGCUUGCGGUUCAAGUGUAACUGGAGAUGAUGAAAUAGUCAUUCAAGGAGAUGUAAAAGACGAUUUGUUUGAUGUUAUUCCGGAAAAAUGGCCACAAAUUGAUGAAGACUCGAUUGAUGACUUGGGAGACCAGAAGAGAUGAUCAGUCAAUAGAAUUCUUGUCAUAUAAUCGCACAAUAUUUAUCACGACACCUCAGAUAUUAACAAUAAAAGAAAAAAAAAAAAAGAAAAAA